GUUCCAUAUGAAAGAAUCCUAAGUCCCUUUCAGGGAUUCGAAUUAACUCACAGCGGUGAGGGGCAAAUAGUUUGAAGUCAACGACAUUAACCACUCGGCCACGGACGCCCCAUUUAUAGCUUGUUAAAGUUGAUUUAAAUCAUGGAUUUCAUACUUUCCCCAAUAUGUUUUUUAAAACAAUUUUUUUUCAUAAUCUGGAUUUAUUACAACGUACUUGACUAUGGAUAUUGGCGAGCCGUUCCGAAUGAUUAAGGAAUGAUACGAAAACCAUUUGACAAUAUUCUACCUUAACACUAUCAUGGUGGACCUAUAAAUCAAAUUUUGAAAUAAAACAUGACAUCGGAAAAGGGAAUUAUAGGCAGGAAUUUCAUAAUCGAAGAAAACUCGUGCACACCAUGUAGGAAAACAGAGAAGAAUGCUGUGUCCAAAUAUUAUUGCACCGACUGCGAAGCAUAUUUCUGUGAACCUUGUUUCCAGUUCCAUACACGAAUUCCUCUUCUAGAAAAGCAUAUAGUGUUAAAAGGAUCAGACAUCGGUAUUUGGUCAAAACUUCCUUACAAAUGCAAAACACAUGACAAAAGUUAUGAAUUCUUCUGUGGGACACACGGGUCGCUUUGUUGCCACAUUUGUGUGUCAUUACAACAUAGGUCCUGUUCUGACAUGGAAUACAUACCUGAAAAAGCGAAAAGUAUAUGCAAAAAACAAGAAUUCAAAGACAUGAAGACAAAUACAGACAAAGAAAUAAAAGAAAUCGUGAGCUGCAAAGAAAAGUUUGACAAAAAAACCCUAAUCAACAAAAACUCAAAAGAAAAGUGUAUUAAAACUUUAAAAGAACAACGAAAAGUGAUAAAUGAUUUAUUUGACUCUUUGGAGAGAAAAACAGUUGAAUAUAUGGAUAGAAAAUUCAAUGAAAACAAUAAGUUUAUUAAUCGAGGAAACUCUGAAAUACAGGUUUACAUGCAAGAACUAGUUCAUCUCAAGGAGCAGCUGGAUACUGCAACACCUGAAAAAGAAGUUCUUGUCUUUAUAUCUUUGAAGAAAGGAGAGAAGGCAUUAUCUGAUAUCAAACAAAAGCUUUCUAAAUUAGAUGCAUCCCCAAAUAAAGAUGAGUAUCAACUGGUAACCCAAUCUGAAAUAGAGCGGUUUAUUCAAAACUUGCAUGAUCUAGGAUACAUUGAAGACGAACAGUCAAGACAAGAUUCAGCAUCUGAUGAUGUAUCAAACAUAAUAAAAAGUCCAAGGAAGGAACGUAAUAUUUGCCAAAUAUGUGGCCGACGAUGUUACAACAGAAAAUGCUACAGCUGUUCUACAUGAGGAAUUACACUUGUUCUUUGCGAGGGAGGGAUCUUAUUGACCUGUUAUAAUUAUCAUGCAGGAUAAUGAUAAAUCUUUAUGAGUGAAGUGAUGCUUGCUGUGGGUUAAUAUAAAUCUAAAUUUGUAUAGAUGUAAAAAUUUACAUGAUUCAUAUACAUUUACAUGUUUUAUACCUCAUCUAUAAAUGUUCAAACAGAAUUGCCAUUUCCUCUUCCAUAUUACCUCUAUUUAUCUUAAAAUUAGCUGUGGAGGUCUACUAAUGAGAUCGACAUAAUUUGUUUGAGCGAUGCUACUAAAUUCAGUCGAAAUAUGAUUCUGACCAAGGUUU